AUGUCCACCACAGCCACUAUCACCACCACCACCACAACCACUACCACCGCGGAGCAUCCCAAAGGCCAAAACCGCAUGCUUCUCGAUGGCAAACCCACCAACUACGGCGACUUCCGCGACGCGCUCAACCGCGAUGGUUACGCCGUGAUCAAGGGAGCAAUUCCACUUGAUCGGGCCAAUGGAUACGCGGAUGCAUUUUACUCGUACAUGGAGGGAUUUAACCUCGGCUUCAACCGGAACGACCCCAGCACCGUCCGACGGGCCAAACUGCCCGUGCUGAACGAGAAAGGCAUGAUACUCGACUAUGGCGUGACGCACGAGCAGUGGGUGUGGGAUAUUCGCGGAGAAGAAGGGGUAGUGGAUGCGUUUAAGAAGGUGUAUGAUGAUGAGGACUUGAUUGUUUCGUUUGAUGUGGUGAAUGUGGGGUUUGCUAAUCGGGAGGAUUUGCCUGAGAACAAACCCUGGCCCCACCAAGACCAAGACCCCUCCAAACCAGGCUUCAGAUGCUUGCAAGGCCUCGUCAACCUCCUCCCCAAUGGCCCCAACGACGGCGGUCUAAUCGUCUGCAAAGGCGGGCACGCGCUCUCCGCACAAUUCCACGCCGAAAUGGCGCACGAAGAGCGUAUUCCCGCCUGGACGCCCGAAUGGUUCGGGUUCACUGAUGCGGGGAUGAAGUGGCUCGCGGACCACGGGCUUAAAUGGGAGAAGGUAUGUGCUGAGCCUGGCGACUUGAUUGUUUGGGAUAGUCGCACGCCGCAUUAUAAUGUGGCUCCGACGGGCGGUGUGGAUCGAUUGGCGGUAUAUACGUGCUAUAUGCCUGUGGCGGAGGUUGAGAAGGAGGAUUUGGUGAGGAAGAAGGGGGCUUUUGAACGUCGGUUGGGAACGACGCAUUGGCCGCAUGCGAAACAUGUCUCGAAGACUAAUAUUGCCAUGCGGGAUGGGAAGCCUUGUCCGGUUGCGAGGGAGAGGCCCGUGCAGGAGCCGGUGUUGAGUGAGAGGGUGUUUAAGUUGACGGGGAUUCCGUAUUUGGAGAGGAUGGAGGGGGUUGCUGCUUAG